UUAGCUGGAGGGAGGCUCUUGAGCUGUUUCGUCCAGAUUUCAUCUCUCGCUCUCAGAAUCGGGUGCGACGAUUGGAACUGAGGGCCAGAGAGAGGAGGAGCUUACAAACAGCUGAAUUUAUCAUGGGCGUGGAGACAGCUAACCGUAGGCGGAACUACACCAAGCCACACCCACUUAGUGAUAACCUUUUCAAACCCAGGGACAGAGCCAUCUCAGGCAAGGAGAUGCAAUGGAGAUCCAGGCGGAUUUACAACAAACUCCCUGAGGUAACCAAAAAGAAGGAGGAGGAGAGGAAGAGGCUAGUUUUGGAAACCAACAGACUGAGGGUAGAGGUGUUCAAAAAGAAACUUUUGGAUCAAAUUCUUCAAAGACACGGUGACUGAGGGAAGUGCCUGUCCACAAGAUUCAUAUCCCCCAUGUUCACCUUGCCUGAGGCAAAGUGCUGAAGACAAGGAAGACCUUUGCAGCUUCCUCCUGAGAGCAGAGAUUGGCUUUCUGGUGCAUUGUUCCAAAUAUAAAACACCUUUUACUGGACCUGGGGUGAAUCCAUACGACCAUACGUGCUGUGCGAUAGUUUUUUUUUUUUUAAAGAGAACAUGUUUGAUAAUACAGUAUAAGAAAACUUAUAAGACUCUAGACCUGGUUGGAGUCUGUUUUUUGUUGAGAAUGUACUGUCAAAUAAACA